ACGCGGGAGUUCUUGACGUAGUGCGUGAGUCCAGUCGAUGGUGCAAGUGUGUACAAACUAUGUCAAAGUCGCAGAAGCAGACCCCGAAACAGGGGAAUACUUUGCUGAGUUACUUUAAUAAGACGCCAAAGAAGACUACAGAUGUUCUUUCACCUAAAAAGUCGCCCAACACCACUUUGUUGACGAGCCCGAAGUCCACACCGAAGAGCACGAAGAAAGCAAAAGGAACUGCAGCUAGCUCAACCCCUCAACCACAAAACUGCCAACCUCCCGAGGAGAUCAAAUUCUUAUGCGGAGAUGUUGUUUGGGCAAAGCUAGAAGGGUACCCUUGGUGGCCAAGUCUUGUUUGCAACCAUCCCACAACUUGCACACACACUCGCAGUGGCAAGAAAAUGGAGGUACACGUUCAGUUUUUUGACACACCACCUACUCAUGCUUGGAUCAAGUCCAGCAAUGUCAAGCCAUUUAGAGGAUCACUGGAUAAAGACUUCCAAAAGGGAGGUCCGUUCUUCACAUUAAAUGCUCAAGUCAGGAAAAGUGCUGAAGCAGGUGACAAAGCUUUGAAAAUGACUGUUGAGGAACGACUGAAACUUGUUGUCAAUCUUCAGCCAUCAGAUGACGAAGAGGAAAAAUGUAAUGGAGAAGAUGAUGAAGAUAUGGACUUUGAUUCAGAAAUUUUUGAUGCAGAAAUGUCUGACGAGAAUGAUGACAGCAUAAAAGAAAAUAAGGUAGAUGAGUCUUUUGCUAAGAAGGAGAAUGCAACACCAAAGAAAAGGACUCGUGCUGCCAAUUGUGCAGGAUUAAAGCCAAAGCGGAGGAAAAUAAUACAACCAGAAAGUGAUGAAGAGGAUUCAGGGGAUGAAUUUAAACCUAGUUCAUCUGAUAGUAGUGACGAAGAGAGUGCCAGCAGUGGUGAAGAUGAAGAUGAAAUCUUAGAGCCUGAGGAAUCAGAACCAGACUCACCUAUCAAGAAAAGCAAGAAGAAGCAGAAAAUUUCUCCAUCGGAUAGUACUGACAAGAAAUCACCCCCAGGAACUCCUAAAAAUAGGAGUCCUAAUCAGCCAUCUGUCAGUUCAACAACCAAGUCCAAACUGUUACAUUUUGCAGCUGCAGACAGUGUUGGAUCCAGUGCAGAAGGCACCCAGGUUGAUGCCUCAAACCUUCCUCACACGAGACUGGACUUUCUUCAGCCAGAGAAGAUCAAAGAUAUCAACCAGAAGAGCAAACAUGACCCAGAUUAUGAUCCAAGGACACUGUAUGUUCCUUCUUCCUUCCUGAAUAAGCAGACCCCAGCAAUGCGACAGUGGUGGGAAAUGAAAUCAAAACAUUUUGACACAGUAUUGUUCUUCAAGAUGGGCAAGUUUUAUGAAUUUUUCCAUAUGGAUGCCACAACAGGGUAAGAGCUGGGUCUGAUCUACAUGAAAGGCGACUAUGCACACUCUGGAUUUCCAGAGAUAGCUUAUAAUCGGUAUGCUGAUGCCCUCAUUCAGAAAGGUUAUAAAGUUGCACGCAUUGAACAGACAGAAACCCCAGAGAUGAUGGCUGAACGGUGUAAACAGAUGGCAAGACCAACAAAAUAUGACAAAGUGGUGCGUCGAGAAGUAUGUCAGAUUACCACUCAGGGUACUCGAACCUUCAGCCCUAGAGAUGGUGAUGUGGGAGAUUCUCAGCCUAGCUAUCUCAUGGCCAUAUGUGAGGCUGAGUCAGCAGGAACAGUUAAAUAUGGUGUUUGCUUUGUCGAUACAUCUAUUGGAACAUUUCAUCUUGGCCAGUUUUCUGAUGAUCGGCACUGCUCAAGGCUCAGAACUGUGUUUGCGCAUCACCCUCCAUCUCAGAUUCUUUAUGAACGAGGACAAAUGUCACAUAAAACUAUACAGCUGAUCAAUGGACAGUCAGCAGCACUUAAAGAAGCACUUAGCUCAGGAAAGGAAUUUUGGGAUAGUUCAAAAACAUUGAAGACUUUAGAAGAAAAUUAUUUCAGAGAAGAUCAAGCUGAUAUUAAAUGGCCAGAAACUUUAAAGAAAAUGAUGUCUGAAAGUGAUGCUCUAGGCUUAACAGCUUCUGACUCCUACGACCUUGCCGUUCGGUCUCUUGGUGCUGUGACUUGGUACUUGCAGUAUUGUCUCAUGGAUCAUGAGGUACUGUCUAUGAAGAAAUUUGAAGAAUAUGAACCUCUAGACAAAGCACCUGUAAAAGUGCAGACAAGCUUCAACACAUCUCAGCAUUGUAUGGUUCUUGAUGGCGUUUCUCUAUCUAAUUUAGAGAUCAUAAAAAAUGCAGUCACAGGUGGAACAGAAGGCACUCUUCUGGAACAGUUGGAUACUUGCUCAACACCUUUUGGCAAGCGUCUUCUGGUACAGUGGUUAUGUGCCCCACUAUGCCAGCCAGCCGCCAUCAAUGACAGAUUAGAUGCUGUUGAGGCUCUAAUGGAAAUGCAGGAGUUAGCAACUGAGGCAACAGAUGCACUUAAAAAGAUACCUGACCUUGAGAGACUCCUAAGCCGAAUUCAUAGCCUGGGUUCACUAAAGCAAAAGUCUUCUCAUCCAGCUGAACGGGCCAUUCUUUAUGAGGAAACUCAGUACAGCAAACGCAAGAUUGAGGACUUUCUGGCGACUGUUGGAGGAUUUAAGGUUGGCCUGAAGAUUUCUGACAAGUUUACACAGCAGGCAAAAGAUUGCAAUUCUAAACUGUUAAGAAAAACAGUAUUGUUGGAUUCCAAGGCUUCUGAUGGUGGCUUCCCAGACAUCACAGAAGACUUGGCUUUUUUUGAUAAUGCAUUUGAUCAUGCAAAAGCUCGCAAAGAUGGUGUUAUCAUACCCAGUAAAGGUGUGGACAAGGAAUAUGACAAAGCAAUGAAAGACAUCCAGCACCUGGAGGCACAGUUACAGGAAUAUCUUGAGCAGCAGCGACAGCGGUUAGGCUGUAAGGGUAUAGUCUACUGGGGGACUGGCAAAAACAGGUUUCAAAUGGAAGUGCCAGAAGCCGCUUUGAAGCAUGUUCCAGAAGAGUAUGAAUUGAUGUCUUCUAAAAAAGGAGCCAAGCGGUACCGCACCUCCACCAUUGAGGCUGUAUUGGUGGACCUGACAGACGCAGAAGAAAAGAAGGAUGCAGCUUUGAAGGACAUCAUGCGGAGAAUCUUCCACAGCUUUGAUGAAAGGUAUGCAAAAUGGAACACAGUUGUUGCUUGUCUCUCAGUCUUGGAUAUACUUUCAAGUCUGGCACGAUACAGUCGUUGCAGUGAAAGUAGCAUGUGUCGUCCAAAGUUCUUUUUGCCAAUAAUAGAAGAAAGCCUUUUCUGGAUUCGAAAUGGUCAACAUCCAUGCAUAAGUCGUACAGUUGUUUCCAGUGACUUCAUUCCAAAUGACACAGUGAUUGGCACUGAAUAUGAUGAAGAUGAAGUAAGCAGUCCCCGAAGUCAUGUUGUCAUGGUGACAGGACCAAAUAUGGGUGGAAAAUCCACCUUGAUGCGACAGACUGGUCUGAUAGUGGUGUUAGCUCAACUGGGAUGUUAUGUUCCAGCAGAAAAGUGCUGCCUCACACCUGUUGAUCGAAUUUUCACUAGGCUUGGGGCCAGUGACAGAAUAAUGGCAGGAGAAAGCACCUUCUUUGUAGAGCUGAGUGAGACAUCUGCCAUAUUGCAGCAUGCAACAGAGCACUCGCUGGUACUGAUGGAUGAGUUAGGUCGAGGGACUGCUACAUAUGAUGGCACAGCCAUUGCUUAUGCAGUUGUCAAGGAACUAUCAGAAAGCCUGCAUUGCCGAUCUCUUUUCUCCACACAUUACCACUCACUUGUAGACCAGUUUUCACAUGAUGAAAAUGUCCGAACUGGCCAUAUGGCAUGCAUGGUGGAGAAUGAAGAUGGAGAUGACCCAUCACAGGAAACAAUUACAUUUCUGUACAAGUUUGUGAAAGGAGCAUGCCCUAAGAGCUAUGGUUUCAAUGCUGCACGACUGGCUAGCAUUCCAGAAGAGGUGAUCAGGUGUGCUAUUGCAAAGUCUAGAGAGUUUGAAUUGACAGUUGAACAUCUCCAUGCAAUCAGGAAGCUCUGGAAUGGCACAUGUCAAAAUAUUAAGGAAGUGCUGCAAGAGGCUUGUCAUGUCGUAAAUUAAGCUAUCAAAGCUGAAAAUGACCUGUCAUAGAAGGCUUCAAGUUCUUGAGGACCUGAGGAUGUACUUGGACUUGUUAAAUCUGUUGCACCCCUUUCAUCACACCCAGUUCCACUUGAAUUUAAUUUUUGUGCUGUGCAGGCAUUCAUAUCCUUUUUGACAGGAAGUUAGAGAUGAUAAUAGUUGAACAAUCUGCAUAACUAGUUAACUGAAUUCCUCUUAGGCUUUUCGGAUCUUGUAAGGCAAAACAGCAAUUAAGGUAAAGUACAUCACACCCAAGCACUUGACCCUUUAAGUCACCAUCAUCAACACAGUGCGAUUAUGUAGCACCAACUUUUUGGUUGAAUUCAAACAAGAUUUCCUUUCUAGUAGCCAUUUCGCAAGUCUUAAGUGUAAAUGAGGCUGUUUAAAAAACAGUAUUGUUUUCUUUGAAUAUGCAAAUCUUUUUUUUUUUUUAAUUUCUAGCAUUUUAAAAUCUUAUGAGCGGCAGCUAAAUAUCUCCCUCUUGUAGUAGUCUCCCAUUUAUUCAUUUUGUGCUUAAUGCUCAAAAGAUUUGCUCUGUUUUAAAUAUUAGAGCUGCCCUGUAAAUAUGACAGUUUGCAGCUUUUUGUUUGGACUAUUGUUGAAAGCAUCUAAACUGAAUUAAAAAAAAUUUCAUUCAGC